GGGUCCUAGGGGGCACAGCCUGGGGGUCCCGGCCCUGUGGUGCUGGGGGGUCAUGGCUGGGGGGUCCUAGGGAGCCUGAUUGGGGUCUGGGGGGUCCUGGGGGGCCCUGCUCUGGGCUCCUGGCUUGGGAUCUUGGGGUCUGUCUGGAGGGUCCUAGGGGGCAUAACCUGGGGGUCCCCUCCCUGUUGUGCUGGGGGUCAUGGCCAGGGGGGUCCCCAGAUUUUGACCAGGGUUCCCCAUCCCAGCCCCCUCCCCAGGGUGCACGGCAGCUCUGGCCCCCGGUGCCGGUCCCCGCAGGUGAUGGUGGAGCCCCCCAACUUCUCGUGGGUGGCGGAGGGGCGGCUGGCGGGGCUGGCGAUGCCGCGGGAACCGGGGCAUUACCGGUUCCUGCUGGGCCAGGGCGUGCGGCACCUGGUGUCCCUGUCGGAGCGGCCCCCCCCCCACCACGGCUGCUGCCCCGCGGUGCAGCUCCAUCGGAUCCGCGUGCCCGACUUCACCCCCCCGACCCCCGGGCAGAUCCAGAGCUUCCUGCAGCUGGUGGAGGAGGCCAACGGCCGUGGGGAGGCGGUGGCGGUGCACUGUCUGCUGGGCCACGGGCGCACGGGCACGCUGCUGGCCUGCUACCUGGUGAAGGCGCGGGCGCUGAGCGGCGCCGCCGCCAUCCGGGAGAUCCGCAGGCUGCGGCCGGGCUCCAUCGAGACGCGGGAGCAGGAGGAAGCCGUCAUCCAGUUCCACCAGCACCUCAGCGCUGGAAGGGACCCCGAGGAGGCAUGAGCUGGAGUUUCUCCCCGAGCAGCGUGUGCCGGAUGGAGGUGGAAGGAGAUGCUCGCCCUGAUGUCCUGGGGGAGCCUUGCCCAGCCCUGCGGUGCCACCAUCCACCCCGUGUCCCCCCCCCCCAUUAAAAGACUUUCUUUCCCGUG